AUGGCUAAGCAAGCUAGACAAACCCCAAUUGUCUUGGUGAUUGAUUUUCACCAUGCAAGGGGUCCGGAGGUGGAGCUUUGUAUCGCUGACGAGGGCACGAGUCCCGCCACCGAAAAUGACUGGUCCCUUUUACCGUUCAUGGCCCUCUCAGAUGGUGCGCAUCUGUCAACCGAGGAAUUCUCAUACUUCACGCUCCGUCGUCAAGAAACGCCUACGACGCCCGCCACGUCCCUCUUCGGCAUAUCCUGCUCUCGCCAGCUUGACUCGAACCUCUUGAUCGAUCGCCCGCCUGACGUGACUCGAUCCACAGUACAAAAGGCCGUGGUUGUGGUGACGGACAGUCCUCAAAGAGUAGGACACUUGCGUGAGAAGUUGUCUGUGGUCACUUCGGCAUGGUUUGCUCAGCGAGACUUCACCGAUACCGACAUUUUGAGGAAAUUCCGGGAAGGGUUGGUGAUAAGUUUUUUGAACAAUGACCCGAAAGAUCAGAACUUGGGCCUCUCGCUUCGCGAGAUGAUUCACGAGUUCAAGUAUCAGACAUUGGUCCUAUUCAAGGCACUGUUGCUUCAGCCAAAGAUGCUUUUUUUCGGAACUCGCUGUGAACGUUUGUGCAUGAUACAAUUCUCUCUUAUCUCUCUCAUCCCGGGUCUCAUGGGUGCCCUGCAAGAUUGCGCCGACCCUGCCUUCGACACCUAUGCGGAAACUGUUGAGAAGGCAACAUCGCUCAAAACAAGUGACCGGAACUCAUUACUGGCGUAUAUGGGUUUGCCACUGCAAAUAUUUGGCAAGGGAAGCAUGUUCGGUCCUUAUACUCCUCUUCAGCAGCUGGACCUGCUAGCCGACGACGGGACAAAGUCGUAUGUGGUGGGAUCAACAAACUCGCUUCUGCUGCAACAGAAAGAUCGCUACAGCGACAUAUUAAUCAACCUUGACGAAGACACUAUCAACAUUACAUCUCUCUCACUGCGCACUGCACUUGUUCUUUCUACGGCCGAUAGGAGAUGGAUCGAUCUGCUCACUCAAAUUGUUAAUGACACGUGGGAUGAGGAUCAUCCGUCCCGGCCGAAAACCCUGGGUUUCAUGGGCUCUGAAGAGUUUAUACGAAUGCAAUUCGAGGAGUAUCUCCUUGCGCUGCUAUCUUGCAUGAAAUACCAUGAGGAACUCAAUUCACUGGCCUCUGCGGAGUCCUCACAUCGUGCCAUAAGUCAACUGCAAACCUUCAAUAUUGAGGGCGAUCCUGCCCUUGAUUUCAAUGCAGACUUCCUUGCUCAGUGGCAGAAGACUUCCAACUACACUCUGUUCUCUCGACUGACAUCCGACGCGAUGUUAUACUCUAUCACUGAACCUCGACACCCAAGUGCAGGGGGACUCACAAUGGAGGACAUUCAACGACGGCUCUCCCAGCAAGUCGCAGACUUACAUUUGGAUGAGCGGGUUCGUGAAGGCCGAGAAGCACUAAAUAGACAUUUAUCCACCGGUCAGAAGAAAGUGAGCGCCGCUUUCAACAGCUUCUGGUCAGACAUUGAAGCCAUGCGUGAGGCCCAAAGGAAGCGCAAUGAAGAAAGAGCAACACAAUCGCAAUCUCAACCCCAGUCUCAGCGCGCGUCGAUGGACAAGGAAAUCCCUGCUUCCCCGGCCCUGGGCUCACCGGAACCGGGGAAUGAAAACGCGGGAUCGUGGUUUGGCGCACGCCAGAGACCAUCAAUCGAUGUUAGUCAAGCCCAGGCCUCGGUCGCCGCGGCCGGUCAAAAGGCCGGCGCAUAUUUCAGCUCAUGGGGGUCAUGGGCCAGCGACAAGCGUCGUGAAUGGCAAGAGAAAAGAACGACGUCGCCUAAUCCCAAUGCCCACAUGGCUGCCUCCCCUUCGACCCCAACAUUACCGUCCGUGAAUGAAAGUAUCUUCGACGCAGACCGGGGUCGUCGUCGGUCGAUGCAGCGAAAUAGUGAAGACUCGGAAGGCUUGUCUCGGAGUCUCAGUCGUCGGAAGCGCUGGAGUAAUAUCAUUCUUCGGCGAGAGGGCGGUGAACUUCAACGUGAAGAGGUAGAGGUUGCGGAAGCUGCGUAUCCCAAGUCUCCUCUGUCUCGUGGCUCUUCGGUACAUGACUCCAACCCCCCAAAGCAGGAGGGAGUGGCAGAUCCACCAGUGUCAGAACGUAAAGCCUCCCCUGAAGUUGAGACUGUCGACGGCGGAUCCGCCUCAGCAACUACCUUAGUAAUUCCUCGAGACACUCCUCCCGACAAUAAAGAGAAAAAACUCGAGGGUCUGGGCCUGGGAGAUGUCAAGGAUGUUGACACAGCCACCGUGAGCGCACCGAUCAAAGAGAACGUUCAGAUCACUGCACCCAAGGGAUCUGUUCCAGAGUUCACAAGCCCUCAAUAG